AUGCCUCUAUCGCGACGCCGCUCCUCCUUUUUGGGCCAAUCUGCGUCCUUGUCGUCGGCGUCCUCGGGGUCGGAGCGCCCGAGCACCUCAUGCGUCCGGGUGGCCCCGGGCGGGGCCUCGUCCCGGGGCGUCUUUGUAGGCGUGACCCUUCCGACGGGCGGUGCAUCCAAUCUGGGGACGCGCGUGUCUCGCAGAGCUUUGGGCAUCAGCAGCAUCUUCCUGCAGGGCACUAGGAGCAGCGCAGGGCCCCUGCUGCCCCGGGCGGGUCAGGGUGCAGCGGGGGUUGGUGCGGGCGGCGGCGGUGGCCUCAACAGCUGCUUGAUGGAGUACCGAGACAAAGUCCAAGCGCUGGAACAACUGAACCAGCAGCUGGAGGAGCAAAUCCACACGUGUCUGGACCGCAAGGCGUCUUGCGCUGGCGCCUGGGGGCCGCUCAGGGCCCAGUGGGAGGACGUCUACAGGCAGGUCAGCGAAGCAAUCCUGGACAACGCCCGACUGACGCUGCAGACAGAAAAUGUGCAGGCCAACGCUGAGGACUUCAAAGAAAGGUUUGAGAGCGAGCGACCAUUUCGGAAGGCAGCGGAGGACGAGAUGUCAUCGCUCUACAAAGUCUUGGAAGACGCCGGCUUGACUCGGGCGGAGCUGGAAGAACAGAUGGACGCAAUGAGGGUCGAACUGCAACAACUGGCGCGACAGCACGAGCAGGACGUGCGCCUCCUCUACAGUCAAAUGUCUGGACAGGAACUGGAUCAAACGGACGCUCCCAUCGAAACAAGCCUGGACCAGAUCCUGGCCUACAUCCGGAACCACUGGGAGAAAGUGACGGAGAAGAACCGAGGCGAGACAGACAGCUAUCAGGAAUGCAAGGACGCCAAGUGCGUGAGUCGGCUGAGUCCGGAUGAGGAAGAGCUGGAGGCGCUCAAGGUCCAGUGCUCCGACGCGGGCUGCAAGUUACAAAGCCUGCAGGCCGAGACCGAAUCUAUCCGAGCUCUGAAACGCGGCCUCGAGAACUCGGUGGGCGAUGCUCAGCACUGGCACGACAUGGAGCUCCAGAACCUGGGCUCAGUGGUGUCCAAGCUGGAGUCGGAACUGACGGACGUGCAGGCCGAGACGGAGCAACAGCGCAGGGACUACGACGGUCUCCUAGCGACCAAGCAACGGCUGGAGCAGGAGAUCCGGUUGUACCACGGGAUCCUGGACGGAGAGGAGCGCCGCUUCCGGCCCGCUGAGAGUUUCACUCCGCAGAGCAGUCACCAGAUGCAGCGUGGACCCCAGUAAGCCUUUCGGAAGCGGAGACAUUCCCAAUUGUACUUCCUACUGGCCAAUGAAACAGAUAUUAAAGGUCCUACCUUUUCAACCAA